AGUUGAAAGAAGGCUGCUCCCAUUAUACCCAACCCCUUUCCCUGCAGCCCACGAUGUGUGGAUGACGUCAAAGGCGCCGUUUAAAAAGAUACCGGACCUCGCGGUCAGGCGCACUUUCACGCAAGCCCCCGCGCGUGGAUAGCAUUGCAGCGUGGGGAAAAUGGAAGAAAAACGUGUGUGUGUGGGGUGAAGCGGUAAAUCAUAGCGCUUCAUUUAUAUAGAAAAGGGAAAGUUGGAUGGGAAGUAACGGGUGGGACUGUGAGUCAUUACCCUCAUCCUCACGAGCAUUGGAAUUUAAAAGGAAUGCGCGCAAAGAUCAUGUAAACUCGCCAAAAGUGCAGCCAAGCUCUCAUGCAUGGACGCCAGGAUGUUGUCGGGCCAGGGGGCUCUCAACUUGAGCGGCUUCAACCUGAGCGACGACCCGCAGAUGGCGGAGCCGCCUGCCGAGGUCGAAGCGCGCCUGUCGUCCACCGGCUUCGCGGUGCUCUCCGUGGUGCUGGGCUUCAUCAUGACUUUCGGCUUCCUAAACAAUCUGGUCGUGCUGCUGCUCUUCUGCAAGUUUAAGAAGCUGCGCACGCCUGUCAACAUGAUGCUGCUCAACAUCAGCGUGAGCGACAUGCUGGUGUGCGUGUUCGGUACCACGCUCAGUUUCGCCUCCAGCAUCCACGGACGCUGGCUGCUCGGCUCCAGCGGUUGUAGCUGGUACGGCUUCAUCAACUCCUGCUUCGGUAUCGUGUCGCUGAUUUCUCUGGUGAUCCUCUCUUACGACCGCUACAGCACUCUGACCGUGUACAACAAGCGUGGACCCAACUACCGCAAGCCACUGUUGGCCGUCGGGGGCUCGUGGCUCUACUCUUUGUUCUGGACGGUGCCGCCGCUCCUGGGCUGGAGCAGUUAUGGUGUGGAGGGAGCCGGAACCAGUUGCUCAGUGUCCUGGACGGUGCAGACAACCCAGUCGCACGCCUACAUCAUCUGCCUCUUCAUCUUCUGCCUGGGCCUGCCUGUGCUGGUCAUGAUCUACUGCUAUAGCAGGUUGCUCUGGGCUGUCAAACAGCCACAGGUGGGUAAGGUCCGCAAAACAGCAGCUCGAAAGCGAGAGUUCCACAUCCUGUUCAUGGUCUUGACCACGGCCGCAUGUUACCUGCUGUGCUGGAUGCCGUAUGGCGUGGUGGCCAUGAUGGCGACAUUUGGUCCACCCGACAUCAUUAGCCCUGUGGCCAGCGUGGUGCCAUCCCUGCUGGCCAAGAGUAGCACAGUCAUCAACCCGCUCAUCUACAUCCUCAUGAACAAGCAGUUCUACAGAUGCUUCCUGAUCCUGUUCCACUGCGAGAACUGGUCGGGGAAGAACGGCAGAACCUCCAUGUCGUCCAAGACUACCGUCAUCCAGCUCAACCGACGGUUCUCCAGCAACACGGUGGCCUGCGCUGCCCACUUCUCGAGCGACGCGCUUAAAACUAACGCCGAGCCUGCCGUCAAGCUGACCACGCCCCCCGAGGUUGUGACCUGAAACUGGCAGGCCCAAGGAAGCACAAACAGACACAACAAGUGGGAUAAUGCUUCAGCUGGUUGUGAUUUCCGGUGCAAAGUGGACUGCAGAGGACUAUGGAUGAACGGGUUAAUGUCGUUUACAUGUGAGCUUUGUGUUUGUACAGAGAUGAUUCCCUUUUGUGUCCCAUGAUUUAGACAUUUUUUUUUCAUUUGUGCUUAACGUGCUAAAUGCAAAAAAAAGGAGAGAGAAAAAAAACACGUGCAUGAUAUUCACAAUAUGAUUUGAUGUACAGUGUACGGACACGAGAGGGUUAUGUGCAAAAAGACUUUGGGGUUGGUGGAGAUUCACUUCAAAAUAGUAACCCGGGAAAUUGCGUUAUUCACAUCAGGGGGAACGAGACACGCUAGCGUUUACCUCUCUGCACGUACGGACUCACAAUUCAUCCAAGAAAAGAAUGACGGUCAUGGCAGCAAAGUGGAGACUGCGGGGCACACAAUUGAGGCAUCCGGAUGCUAACAUUAGCAUGUGUGCUAUUUUUAUUUUAUUUUUUUUUGUCAUUGCAUCCCCAAAAUUAAAUGAUGAAUCUGCUUGACCAUUGACUAAAGGUACACUGUAUUGUAUUGUAUUCCAUUAUCAUGUCUAAUGAAUUACUGUGCCAGAAAAUCUUCGACUAGUGAGUACCUGUUUGGAUGCCAUGCGCAGAAAAAUUAGGCUCGCUAAAAGACGCACAACACACAGGAAUCUCGUUAUUUUCUUUAUUCUUUGCUAGAUGUCUCGCUACAAAAUAAAUCCUGAUUUUCAGAAACGAGACUUAUCGCAACAGGCCAGAGGCGCUGGUGCUGCCAACAUAUCAGGUCGAGACAAAACAAGCCCAUUUCUGUGACGGUGGCAUAAAGCCAUACUCUGACUGUCUUGUUGUAAGAAAUAUGAAGUGGCAUGCAAAGCUCACCAAGCUAGUUUGUCUGAUACACUCCAAGCCAAAUGGGUGGAGGGGUUUGGGGCGACAUAGCGAAUGGAAUAAAAACUUUUGAACGGUUGAAGUUAACCACAACCCUGAACCGGACGAGCAGUGUAGAAAAUGGAUGGAUGGCGUCCUUAUUGUAAAUUGAAGGUGAAUGACUCCCUUAAAAAAAUAAUAAUAAUAAAGAGUGAGAAUUGUCAACUGAUUCUACAUAA